AUGGCUCCAAAUUCCAUCCAAACCCUCGAUCGACCAGAGCGGCUCACAGAUGUCUUGAAGAAAGAUGAGACACAAUGGCAGGAUGAUUGUUUACCGUGUCGAUUAACUGGAUCCGCCGCGUUCAUCGGCCUAGGAAUCUACAGUUACUUCUCCGGCCAAUCGCAACUAAAAGCCCAAGAAGCCAAGAUCCUCAAAAGCAAAUCAAUGUUCGGUAUGAAAAGUCGACAGACUAGUAUUACUGGCAUUGCAUUGACACUUGUUGGAAUGGGACUUUGGAGACUGCGGAAUUAA